GAACAAAAGUCCUCCGCAAUCCGUGCUUGUACCUUACAUGAUGACCUAUGGUUGUCAGCGCAUGUUUCCAGACGUCGGUUUCGUCGGGAAUUGCUUGGUGACCGUUUACGCACAGAACAUGUGGGAUUCGGCUACGACACGGAUGCUCUCUAUCUAGGUGGUGCUGGAAGGGACAACAACGCAAAUUUUUACAUAUGCAACCAUGCAUUCAUGCGAAGACAUCCGCUUUGGUGGACCGAAGGGGCGCAUGAAGCCAGAGUCGCAGGGUUUUUGGUUGUAGAUAUGUUGUAUGUGGAAGAACAUGGAGAUGUUGAUCCGGGCGAGAAAAUAGUAGCAAAAUGGGCACAGCGCAUGAGAAACCAUCUGCGAUGUUGGGAGCUAACGCGAAGCGAAUACCUUUUUGGAGGACCAUCAAGUGGCCAAAUGGACCACGAGGCUUGUCCGUGCC